AUAUUAGUUGAAAGCAGGUGUGUUAAAUUUACACAUGUUUUUACUUUGCACUAACAUUCAAGUACAAGUGACCAUACAAAGACACCACAAACAUGAGAGCGACCAGUUCAAAUUCUUCUCUUUACAAAGAAAGGCUCAAUGAUCCAAAAUACCAUAUACUUUCUGACAAAGCCAUUAGUCUGAGUACUCUGAGUUGGAAUAAUUCGUCACAUGGUAGGGGGUCAAAUCAUUCAGUGCCUCCUACCAGGAACAGCUAUGAUUCGACUAGCGUAAAAAUUAGACACACCCCGCGAGAUUACUACCAGCUGCUGCUCGACUUUCCUAGUUCAGUUAGUCUAGAAGCAUUCCGAAUGGGCAGGCGAGAAACCACUGAUGAAACACUGAAGUCUGUCCUUAGGAAAGCACUACACAAGACCAAACCGGGGGAAAAAGAAGUAUGCAUCAAUGGUGAGCGGUUUGACGUCUGUAGGCUGCUUGAACUGCUCAGAAAAAUGUCUUACUUCAAGCAAAAGCUUUUUCUACAAAAGCUGGAAUCACAAUUGAUCAUUAAGCCAAAGGUUGUUGGUGUCAGUGAAGAUGAAGAGCCCCACUACAAUAAAUUGUGGAAAAAAUGUGUCAAGCCGAUGCCAAAUAUUGAGACUGCCAUAUCGUAUAACGUUAGAGGAGGAAAACCGGAGUUUAUAGAGAAAUGCAUUAGUACUGAGUCAUUACCUACUCCGGAAUUAAGUAACAAUUUUGAAGCACCUAAUAGGGUUGAAAUGUCACGAAUUCCUGAUAAAAUAUUUGAAGAAGACCCAAUGAACUAUUUUAAAGCAAGAAAAAGGCUACAAGCACCGUACCAACUGAAAGCUGAACCGAUACAGUCAUUCCACAACCUUACCAACAAGGAAGUGCAGAUUGUUCAAAAUAUGUGGUCAUCGAUUAAAAGAAAUACUGAAACCCUCGCCACAACAAUAAUUAUCAAUUGUUACCGCCUGAAAGAAAACAUUGUAAAGAAAAGGGUGUCCAUCAACAAAAUAUUAAAACACAAACAACUCAUGAAACAUGGCAGACUAGGUAUGGCGUUCCUUUCUCAAGUAGUUAACCAUCUUACAAAACAGGAUGAGGGCAACCAACUCGUUCACAAAGCAGGAAUGUUACACCAAAAGUACAAUUUCUCAUCAUCACUUUAUGAGUUGAUCAUCAACGCGUUCCUUCUUACUCUGAUUGAAGUGAUUUAUCCAAGGCCGACGAUGGAUCAGGUCUCAGCAUUCAGAAAAUUCCUAACCAUUCUGUUUGAUAUUUUCCAUGAGGGCUGUCAUUGGAACAAGAGAUGAAAUAUACUAGCUAUUCUUGAUAAGAGUGCAAUCCUGGGUU